AGGUCCACUACAACUCAAGAAUCCCAUUAAAUACUCCCUGAUUUUGAUCCUCAUCCUCCCCUCUCCCUCUCCCUCUCGCUCUCCCUCUCCCACAUUGCCGCAGUCCAUAUCCUCAGUAUCCACCCAUAAUCCAUUUCAAGCAUCAAAAUAACUCUCCAUUAACGAUCUUGAUCUUACCUACUGCCCGAUAAAAAGCCAAAAGAGAUCCAUAAUCCACUGUUUUCCUGCAUACAAGCAUUCAUCAGCCACAAAUCAAGUCAACCAAACACCGUACAAGAGAUACAAAACAUCCCAGUGAUUCCGAAUUUCCUCGCCUACACCACCAGUCAUCAUCACGCAUCUUGCAGUGAGUGGUGUUACAGGAUCGUCAUAUUACUUGCAUCAAGAAAAGGGAGAAACUCAUCGUUUCCAUUUUCUACAUCAUUUUCUCAAUGCGAUAUUAUCCUCAUUAGCCCAUAGUUGGCAGAGGUUUUAAAAGGCGAUUACGCCUACGACGAUCAGUAUGUUUGGGAAUAGAAAGAGAAGAACGAGUUCGAACCCGGUACGUUAUUUGCAUCCCAUCCAACAUACGUCCCACGGAAUCAUAAGUUGUGAAUGUUGCGCGACAGCUUGAUCGCAUUGGUCCGGGGAUCUUUUGAGAAGACAUGCAGCCACAAAUGUAACAAAUGCUAACAAGUUUUGAUUUUACAGCCAAUUAAUUCCAACGUCAGCGCAUCUGCCGCGACCGCCGCGGCUCAGGCAUUUCUAUCAUCUCGAGCAUCGAAUACUUCCUUGUCAUCCGCUGCAGCAGCCGCCGCAUUACGAUCUAGACCAACUACACCUACUUCUGUGGCAGAUAUUCAGACGAAAAGAACAAUUCGGAGAAACGGUUCAACCUCUUCUGCUGGAAGUUCUGUUGGUGGUUCCGUACGUGGUCCACCAGGAUCUGCCCUUGUGAGAAGAGGAAGUUCCGGUUCGAUGACUGAACGGACUUUUCGUGAUCCAUCACCAUCUAGAUCUUCACCAGUUCCUAGUGCGCAUGAUGCGCCGCCAGUACCUGCGAUUCCAAAGGAUAUAAACACAGCUGGUGGUAAAUCGUCACGGAGAUCUGCGAGUAUGGAUGCACCAGGAUUAAGAAUCGCUUCACCACCUCCAACCAAACCUGGUGGGCGUGGUUCAAGUCUAGGGCCAUCGGCGACAGCAUCGCUAGGGAUGGGUCCAAGAAACCCAAGUGUAUCAAGUGUAUCUGGGAUGAAUGGGGAGAGUCGAGGGUCCGUCAAUUUUUCUUACCCUACGAAUACAAGGCCAAUGUCUCCUGAAGGACAAAGACGGCUAACAUGUCAUCAAAACUCAAGUGUAAAUCCUAGAAUCGUUUCGCCAAAUAACCAAAAUUUAGUAUACGAUCCUAAUACAAGGCGUUUCUUACCGCUGGCAGAUAUUCUAGCCAUCGAGCAAAGACUUAAUGGAAUUGCUAAUGCACCAGUGAAGAAGAAGAAGAAAACACCGUCAGCGCAAGGUACACAUCUUGCGGCUGGAACGGUGGGUGGGAGGAUAAAAGGAACGGCAGUGGAUGCAAUGGAAAAAACAUCGAAUACACCAACUACACCAACUGUACAGCAAUCGAUAUCACAACCUACUCGACAAUCAAUACCACAAGCUACUCAGCAAUCAAUAUCGAAGCCUAUAUCAAAAAAUACCACUAUACCAAAAUCCCCAUCAGCACAAGUCGAAAGUCCUUGGGAAGACUCUGAGGCCAGACCUGUUUCAGAAUCAUAUACCCAACAAGCAUCUCCAGUGACAGCUCCACCGAAGAAGAAAAAGAAGAGGGUUAUUAUCAACGAUUCUGAUAGUGACCAAGCAUCAAUUCUACCAAAUUCAUCCGCCGAUGAGAGUGAUGCGUCAUCUCAAACAUAUGAUUACAAAACUCGAGCAGGCGCGUUGUUAGUGAAAAAGCCAUCCGUCGUCCGUGAAGAUAGAGAAAGGGAGGAAGAAGAGGAUGAUUCUCCAUUGCGCCGUGGACAAGGAGGCCUUUCAGCUAAUUGGAAUGAACCUCCACGAACUAUUUCUCCAUCACCAUUACCUCAAUCGGCUGCUGGUAGAGGUCACGGACGAGCACAACCACCGGCAAAUUCAGAAGAAUUGCAACAUACCAGAUCUGCAAGUCAACCCCCAAUGACUUCUGUACCCGCCCCUAUAAUAAAUGAACAAUCUCCUCGUGGUGGCCGCGUGCAAUCUGUGAGUCCUGCGAGAACUCCGCAUUUUAUGGCAACCCCCGAAACCUUGAUGGUUAGACAUCAGCCACCUGCACGAUCUGUAUCUCCUCGAAAAUCUGCUUUAAAACAUUCUUCUGUGUCCUCGGUUGAACUCAGAGGGCCAUCACCUUCUGAUGGAGCUUCCCUUCGACCUAGUGAAGCGUCCAAUGAUGAAGACCAACCAAGAAAGAAAGGAAACAGAGUAAGCUUUGAUGAUGGUGGUAACAUGGUUUUAGGUCAAUCGACAGCAAUUGCUUCUGAUUCACCUGUUGCUGCUAGUCCACAAACUAAGCGUGGUUGGUUUAACCUUGGUCGUGGGAAAAAGAAGGAUAUGCCCGCUACGGAUGAUGACGAUGAUGAUGAAGUAAUGAAACCAAGACCGGCUCUCCCAUCAUUUGGAAGCGUGAGGGAAAGAAAAAAUCCACGAGAGACAGAGGAAAGACCUUUAGUCAGACCAUCAAAGCCAGUGGACACUGUUGCCCCCGUCAAAGCUCCUGCAUCGCCGCGGCCCGCAUCUCAAAUGGGAGACAUGUCAGAAGUUUCCAUGGGAAAAUCGAAUGAUCAUGUAGCAGGUGCAGUAAUCGCUCAAGAUGCGACUUCAAAAAAUGCAGCGAAUAUCUCGAAAUCUCGUGAGCCUUUACCUCCUGAUGUGACAUCUGUGGAAGGAAGUGGGCAGCUUUCAGAUGCUAGCAGCACUUAUAGCAUGGAUACAAACACCAUUGGCAUUGCUAGAAGUAAUAGUGUCAAAGUUGGACCUGAAGACGGAAAUGUUGACACAUACCGAGACUUGGCAAGUCCAACGAAAGACCAAUUUGAUGAUCACGACAUGUAUGAAAAUAUUCCGGAAAUUUCCGUUCAAAUUCCUAGUCCCAACCCUGAAAUUACGAAGUCCAGAGAAUGGUUGGAUAUACCUGGCGGUUUCCCGAAUUCAAACGGCUCUAGUUCAACUUCUGAGGAUCAGACUAAAGAUGAGGGUUUUCACAUUGAUAAUGAGAGCGGUCCGGUUGGCUCGGCUACUAUUAAGGAAUCAAAGACUGAUGACUCUAAUAUUCCGGAAUUCGAUGAUAAUACACGAGAAAACUCUGCAAUUCAUCCUACACCAAUUUUCGAAGAGUCAGAGGAGGGUUCUGAGAAUGAAAGCAUUUAUAGUGAUGCUGCCGAAGAAUUUGAUGAAACGAAUGACGGCGGUUUCAUGUCCUUGGAUGCUGUGGUAGAAAGUCCUGUAAUGAAGCCGGCCGUCCUAGCAUCUGACGCUUCUAUCCCGGAUAGUCCAACUGCGAGAUCGACGAAAGAAAGAGCGUUAAUGUCAAGCCAAUUACAAAGGAAAAGUAGCGAACCCGAUCCAGAAGAAGGAUGGGAAAAAGCUCAGCAAUAUUGGACGAACCUGUCAGUGGACAGAAAAAAGCAAUUGGAAUUAGAGGCACAAAGAGAUGCAGAUGCCGAAGGAGACACUGAAGAGGAGGAAAAGCCAGCUCCAAAGUUAAAGAAGGCGAAGAAGAAGUCAGUAACGAUAGAAUCGCCUAUUUCUCCUAUUAUGCAAACAAUGCAAGCAUCUUCAUUGCCAGUAGUUGACAGGCAAGGCAAUAAUGAAAGGAAUUACAUGGUUCAGCCAGGGUCAAAGGCAGGUCCUAAUGGCCACGUUCAAACAACUAUGCGAUCAUCUUUACGCUCAGAACCUCCUCACGCAGAAUCAGAUGUUCAAAUGAGAAAAUCGAUGAGAGGGCCUGGUUCAACAAAAGAAGCGAUACAAAAUGGAACACUUCAGAAGAAGCAAAGGCCUGCAUCCCUUCCUGUUGGUGAAAUUCGAUCAAGUUCUCAAGCUGAGAAUCAACAUCUACGACUUAUUCAAGGUGCUGUUGCCACCGCUUCUUCACCUCGUUCUCAAAGGCGUAUUCCGACGGUCACACCAACUCCUCUUCGACGUAAAUCAUCAGGUGAUAGUGAUACUAGUUUCAAACGUGCUAGACCCGCAGCAGAAGGAAUUAGUAUGCGGCGAUCCAUGCGUCGUGGUAGUGAAACAUCAAAUAAUGGACGUCAACAAUCUCCUUUAAGUUCAAGUCGAUUUAGUCUUCGAUCAGCAUCACCUGGUGGACCUCCUUCAGUUACCAUGCGUGGGACGAUGCGAAGUUCCCUAAAAAAUUCUAAUGAAUCUACUUCUCGGGCAAAAUCCCCUAUUCAAAUUCCCAGUUUCGGCAGAAGUUCAUCAACUAAACCAGGACAGAAGUCAAAAUCAACUCCAAGAGCAAGCAGAUUCGCUGAUUCCAGUGAUGAAGAUGAACCUCGUCCUGGUUUUAGAAGUCGUUUUGUUGAUUCGAGUGAUGAUGAUGAACCAACACCUACAGUGGCUAGACCUAUAUCAUCAAGGGGUACACCUCUUCGAAGUAUACCUCGACCUGCAGGUUAUCAAGAUGGAGAUUCUUCCGAUCUUCCAGAUAGUGAUGAUGAGAGUAGGCCACCGACAGCCAAGAGUAUUAAAAAGUCUCAACAAAACGGUAUUAGACCGUCAUCUCGAAAUAAAGCUCAAGCUUCUGGGGAUCUCCAACGUUCUGGUUCUGGUCGCGAAAUGCUAAAAGUUGUUAAUAGUCAAGGUGCAAUUGCGACUUCUCCUGUAGGACCAACUCAUGCUAGACGUGGAAGUAUACUAUCUAUUUUUCGCAAAAAGCCAGAUGCAAGUAGUAAGGUGAGGAAAUAUAAUGGAGAAAGUCCUGCGAGAAGAGAUACACCACUUGAACGUAGUAGAUCGGACCUUGAAGCCAUCAAACGACAAGACUCAUUAGGAAAUCCAUUAUCACCUAAAUUACUGAAGAAGAAUCCAAAACAAAAUAGUGGUUCAUGGCCUCUUCCCGGUGAAAAGGAUGAUAUAGGGCUAAAAGCACCAUUUGAAGAAGGAAGACCUUAUUCUGCAGAUACGGCAGGUGGGGUUGUUGGUGGCGAAAAUAAAGAGGUUAUUUUGGAUGCGAGACCAGAUGUAGGAAAUCGCAGAUUCACAGCUACGGGAUUGAGUGAUGUGGAUAUAAUGGCUCAUGCUGGACAGAGAAAGAAGAAAAAGUUUCAUGCUUUAAGGAAAAUGUUUAGGUUGGAUGAUUAAGUAAGGAAGUGGUGGUAAUGGUAAUUCGUAAUUGGUGAUUUGGUGGUGGAUGAUGGGUAAUGGAUGAUGGGUGAAUGAGGAAUUAAUUGUACAUGCAUGCACUAUGUUUUUUCCCUUCUUCUACUUUGUUCUUUGUAUUUGUAUUUGUAUUUGUAUUUAUAUUUGUAGUUGGUAUUUGAUACUUGGGCUAGGAUCAGGAUUAGGGUUAGGGUUUCGUGGCUGGGAG